AUGGCUACCCCUAGUGUCCUCGCUUUUGACGCUGAGGGUCGGGCCAUUGACUUUGACGUCUGGGUAGAUGACCCGCAGCUUUUCCUACAGUGUGAUAGGGCAGACGGUCUCUUCCUCUUUGAUCUCACUUCUGGUGCCUCUCCUGCCCCUGCUGCUGAUGCUGACGCCACUGUUCGCUCACAGUGGGCCACACGCGAUGCUGCUGCACGUCUUGCUGUGCGUCGCCACCUGCCUACCUCUGAGCGUGCGCACUUUAGCCAGUACAAGAGUGCUCAUACCUUGUACGACGCUGUAGUUGCACGCUACUCCUCCCCUGCCACUGCUGCACUGAGCCACCUCAUGCUACCGUACCUCUUCCCUGACCUUGCUGCCUUUCCCACAAUCACUGACCUCAUUACGCACCUCCGCACUAGUGACACUCGCUACCGCGCUGCGCUUCCUGCUGAGUUCUGCGCCAAGAACCCCCCCCCCAUGUACAUCACCCCCUACUACAUAGUCACCCGGCUCCCUGACUCUCUCCGCGUAGUCAGGGACCACUUCCUCUCAGUUUGCCCCACCACUCUCACCGUUGACCUCCUCGAGAAGGCCCUCCUAGCGGCAGAGAAGAGCAUAGUCGCUGUAGGAGCCUCUCGUGGGCCUGCCCCUGCCUGCGUCCCCUGCGUCGAGGGGCGGCAUCGUGCUGCCCCUCACUCCUCCUAG